AUGGCUUCAAUAUCAGAGAAGCAACCACAACUAUCCAUGGACGAGUCGGAGUUCAGCGACUACCAUGAAGAGCAGCGUCAAAAGCUGUUGGGUGACGACGAUGUCGAGAAGCAGUGCAUAAUCGAGGAACAAGCACAAGCAAAAAGCGCACAGGAUGGCGCAGAAUACCUCGUGUCGACUCGGGUCAAGAUGAUUUGUCUGGGAUUGUACUUCGCCAUGAACCUGGGUCUUACGCUAUACAACAAGGCCGUUCUGCAACAGUUUGCUUUCCCCUGGCUCAUGACUACACUGCACGCUACGUGUGCAGCGAUCGGAUGCUACUCUCUUCUACUCGCCGGUCAAAUCAAGCUUUCGUAUCUCACAAGACAAGACAACUAUGUCCUGGUGGCAUUUUCUGUCCUCUUCACCAUCAACAUUGCCAUCUCAAACGUCUCUCUGGAGAUGGUCUCGGUUCCCUUCCAUCAAAUCGCCCGUUCGACCUGCCCGGUAGCAACUAUUCUCAUCUACCGCUGGUUCUACGGCCGCUCAUACGCAAAGGCCACAUACAUGGCUCUGAUCCCUAUCGUCAUGGGCGUUGGUCUCAGCACAUACGGCGACUACUACUUUUCUCUUGUCGGAGCGUCCCUCACCUUCCUCGGUGUCGGCCUCGCAGCCGUCAAGACUGUCGCAACCAACCGCCUUCUUACCGGCAGCUUGAAGCUCCCCGCCCUCGAACUCCUCCUUCGCAUGUCUCCUCUCGCCGCCGCACAAUCGCUCGUCUACGCAUACUGCACCGGAGAAGUCACCCGCUUCGCCGAUUUCACCGCCGCAGGUCACCUCACCUCGGGUGUUGUCCUCGCCCUUCUCGGAAAUGGCGUCCUCGCCUUCAUGCUCAACGUAACAUCUUUCCAAACAAACAAGCUUGCUGGCGCCUUGACAUUGAGUGUCUGUGGUAACCUCAAGCAAUGCCUUACCAUUCUGCUUGGUAUCGUUCUUUUCAACGUCAAGGUUGGACCUGAGAAUGGUGCCGGUAUGUUGGUCACUCUUCUCGGCGCUGCUUAUUACAGCAAAGUCGAGUUGAGUGUCAAGAAGGCCGUUCCGAGAUCAUGA